UCAUCAGAAGGCUUGUCCUCAUCCCAGGCAGACAGCAAGCCAGCCCUCCCCCCAGACCCAGAGCUUCCCCAGGCCACCUUCUCCAGGAGCCUCAGACACUGCUCUCCACUAAGCAAGCUUGCAGCUGGCCAACCAUGGUCCCCACAGAAGCCGCAAGUCUGAUGCCUAAUAUGCCAGAUGACUACGGCUAUGACGCCACACCUUCCAUAGAAGACUACGGGAACUUCACCUUCACUGACCUCUUCUGCAAGAAAAACCAUGUCAGGCAGUUUGCAAGCCACUUCCUCCCGCCAUUGUACUGGCUCGUGUUCAUCGUGGGUGCCGUGGGCAACAGUUUGGUCAUCCUUGUCUACUGGUACUGCACAAGGGUGAAGACCAUGACUGACAUGUUCCUUCUGAAUUUGGCAAUCGCUGACCUUCUCUUUCUUGUCACCCUUCCUUUCUGGGCCAUUGCCGCCGCUGACCAGUGGAAAUUCCAGACCUUCAUGUGCAAAGUGGUCAACAGCAUGUACAAGAUGAACUUCUACAGCUGUGUGCUGCUGAUCAUGUGCAUCAGUGUGGACCGGUAUAUCGCCAUUGCUCAGGCCAUGAGGGCGCAGACUUGGAGGCAGAAGAGGCUUCUGUAUAGCAAGCUGGUUUGCUUUACUGUAUGGGUGAUGGCGGCUGCGCUCUGCAUCCCAGAACUCCUGUACAGCCAAGUCAAGGAGGAACAUGACAUUGCUAUCUGCACCAUGGUUUACCCAAGUGACGAGAGCACCAAUCUGAAGUCGGCUGUCUUGACCCUGAAGGUCAUCCUGGGGUUCUUCCUCCCCUUUGUGGUCAUGGCUUGCUGCUACACCAUCAUCAUCCACACUCUGAUACAAGCCAAGAAGUCCUCCAAGCACAAGGCCCUGAAGGUCACCAUCACUGUGCUCACUGUCUUCGUCUUAUCUCAGUUUCCCUACAACUGUGUUCUGCUGGUGCAGACCAUCGACGCCUACACCAUGUUCAUCUCCAGCUGUGCCGUUUCCACUAACAUUGACAUCUGCUUCCAGGUUACUCAAACCAUUGCCUUUUUCCACAGCUGCCUGAACCCUGUUCUCUAUGUGUUUGUGGGUGAGAGGUUCCGCCGGGAUCUUGUGAAGACCCUGAAGAACUUGGGGUGCAUUAGCCAGGCUCAGUGGGUUUCGUUCACAAGGAGAGAGGGCAGCCUGAAGCUGUCGUCUAUGUUGCUGGAGACAACCUCAGGAGCCCUCUCCUUGUGAGGGACCUUCUCCCUGAGGUGGAUGGUCCUUUUGGAAGUAAUAAGAAAUAACAGCUUCCCUACCCCUGGGACCAGAGGGAAGCCAGAGAAGAAAAGGAAGUGAGAGG